AUGAAACUCCCAGCAAUAGCACUCCUCCUUUCAGCAACCCUCGUCACCGCUACCAAAGAACCCUUACAAAAUGCAAACCACAUCUUCAACUCCAUCCACGCCUCCAUGCGCCAAUUCGGCUCCUCCCUCCACCACAACGGCAUGUCUUUCUUCCUCGCCACCGUUCCCCAGGGUAUCCCGCUUUACCACGGCAGCGCGAGUCCAGAUCUCCUUAAGGACGUCGGCUGGAUGGCAUUUGAGCCUGAACAUGCGAUGGUCUUUGCGCGGCCGUCACGAGGCCGUCGUAGUCAGGAUAUAAGCCCCGGUCAAACAGAUCAAGUUCCUCUCGCUGCAUCUGGUGGAACUGCAGAGGAGGGAUCUUUUGGAUUCCUGCACACGUAUCGCACUGCGAAGGAUCUUCGACUCGUUUACAUUGAUGGUACGUCUACGGGGAAGUCAAGAAUCGGAACGCUGGACUCGCAGGAUCGCAUCCUGUUUAAUGAUACAAUCGCUGGCGGUGUUGGGAUGGAGGAGCAGCGUGCGCGGACAGUUUGUCAUAUCGCGAAGGAUAGCUGGCAGGGCCGAAUCGAUGGGGUGGUUCGGAUGGCUGCCGGGUUUGAGAUUAUUCUCUGCGAUCCUGAAGUGAAUUUGGUUUCUGUACGGGUUAUGGCUGUUAAGGGUCAGGAUAGGGAUAAGGAUAAGGAUUCCCACGAUACAAGAUCUAAAAAUAAAGAUGGAAAGGGAAAGGGAAAGCCCCGUGGAAAAGGAAAACCGGCUGAGCUGAUGAGAGCAGUGACCUCUCGGUUUCAUGGUAUCGGCGGCGAGAGGGUCCGGCUUAACUAUGACCACUUUGUCACGGCAUAUACCCAUCAUCUUGAUCUGUGUCCUUCGGAGAGCAAGGGUCCGCGGUUACAGCACCUCUCGACAGAGAGUCUCGAGCCACUACGGGAUAAUCUGACCAACCUCGUCAUGGAGCACGAAGUCAACGCCGGGACAGUCAAUUGGCAGGCGAUUGCAGAUCUGGUCGUUGACAAGUACGCCCCAUUACUGCGCGGGUUGCUUCGGAAGAACAAGCAUCAUCACCAGAAGGUGAAUGCCGGUUUGGAAAUUACCAGGAUAAUGGCACCGUUCGACGGGUCUGAUAUCGAUGAAUCAGUAUCGCUUUGUGCAACGCAGUUCGUCUCAAUGCCGGACGGCAACUCGUCCCUUGCACAUCGGGCGAUAUACACAGUAAGCCACAGGAUAUGCUCUACGCUCUUGGAGCUAAGGGAUGAGAUGGAUAAAGAAGUUGUUUCCUCUGCGAUCCGGGAGUUAAUGGCGUAUCUUGACUGGACAGCAUGGAAAGAGUGUCGCGGGUGUAAGGAUACUGAAUUCUGCGCUGUUCCGAUCUGGCCGCAGGGUUCUCAGGAGGAUUAUGAGAGGCCAAAAUGUCAGAAGUUUACCAAGGCCUAUGGAGCAGGGGGGGACUACUGGGGACCUGUAUGGAAUUGA